CAGACCUUGUAGCAAACUUCAAAGAUACAAUAAAAAUGGCGACCGCUGCAGGAGAAAGAGCCGGCGAAGACGGGGCUUAUUAUUUGGAACAGGCCGUAUUACCUGUUGACUCUGAUGAUGAGUUUCCCUAUGAAGAAGUGGAAAUUGAUGAUGAUUUCGCAUCAGAACCAGAUGAGGAUCUUCAUGCUGCAGUGAGAACUAUUCAAGAAGCUCAGGAAGAUCAAGAUGCAUUGACGGCUGGAGAGCGCAUGGUCCCUCCUCCUGUCAACCUGAGGCCUGAGGUGGUGGAUGACUUCGUCAGGAACUUCUUGGUCAAGAUGGGCAUGAUGCGGACUCUGGAUUGCUUUCAAACAGAAUGGUAUGAGCUGCAGCAGCGAGGCUUACUGAACGAGGAAGACGUCAAGACUGUCCCUGAUGUGUAUGUUCGCAACCAGCAGCUUGACCUCCAGGUCAAAACACUCAGGAGAGACUUGGACAAGUUUAAGGAUGCUGCAAAUAAGGCUAAGGACACGUACGUGAAGCUGCGCAAGGAGAGAGAUUUCAACCGUAUGCAUCACAAGAGAGUAGUUCAGGAGAAGAACAGGCUCAUCGAUGACAUCAAACGGUUGAAGAAGCACUACGCGUCCUAUGAGCCGACCUUGUCGCAACUGAAGGAGAAAUAUGAGGUGGCCAUGAAAGAGAAGAUGCUGGCUAAGCUAGAGAGAGACCGAUCUGUCAAUCAGGUUUCUGGUCUCCAAGCCACACUUCGUAAUCUAGAAGGAAGUAGCCGCGAGUCAGGAUCCAUGGAGCUCUCCAAGUCUGACCGUAGACUGAUGUUUGCAUCAGGGGUUGGCCCAACACAGAGUAGCGUCCGUCAAGCCAGGGAAGUGAACACCAUGCCACGCCAACCCAACCCUCAGAACAUGGACGUCACGGUACAACCCCAACCGAGACACCCUGAUGAUUCUGAGUUCCCAACGGAUACCGGCGUGAAUCCUCAGCUGACAAACAUCAAAGGACCGUCUGCUCACUUGACUCGCACUGGGGGAUUCCGCCUGACUCAUACCAUCCAGGCUCACUCAUUGGCCGUCAGUGGUAUUGCUCUGCAUCCACGGAAGCAGAUCUUGGCCACAGUGAGCGAUGACCACACAUGGAAGAUGUGGGCCAUACCCAGCGGUGACAUCAUCAUGACGGGAGAAGGGCAUAGCGAUUGGGUCGCUGAUUGUGACUUCCAUCCCAGUGGUGCGCAACUUGUGACAGCCAGCGGCGACUCCACUGUUAAGAUUUGGGAUUUCUCCAAGGCAGAAUGUGUGCACACAUUCACAGAGCAUCAACAUGCAGUUUGGGGAUGCUCUUGGCAUGCAUGCGGUGAUUUCGUCGCCAGUUGCUCGAUGGAUAACACGGCUAAAGUCUGGGAUCUCAACAGUUUACGUUGUCGCUUCACGCUUCGUGGCCAUGCAGACUCUGUGAACAGCAUCGCCUUCCUUCCAUACUCCAACACCCUGUUGACCAGCUCUGCUGAUAAGACGGUGUCAUUGUGGGAUUCACGAACUGGUAUCUGUGGACAGACGUUCUAUGGUCACACGCACUCUGUCAAUCACGCUGCCUUUAGCCUCAAGGGUGACAUUGUUGCGUCAUGUGACAGCUACGGGAACGUCAAACUGUGGGACAUACGCACCUGCGCGCCCAUGACUACCGUUGACGUCGGCCCUCAUCCGGCUAACAGAGUCACAUUUGAUGGAUCCGCGUCCGUGUUGGCCAUAGCAAGUAACGAUGGCACAACAAAGAUGUAUGAGGUUGCUACGGGGCAGGUGUCCACACUGACUGGUCACGAAGACGCGGUUCAUUCAGUGUGCUUUGAUAAGUCUGGGGACUUCCUGGUGUCUGGAAGCAGCGACUGCUCAGUCAGAAUCUGGUCUUAGAUUCUCAGGGAAUCUAGUCCUAUCAAACAACCACAAUGUUGUGUUUUUUUUGGGUGGUGCGAUCAUUUGAGUCAGUUGGGAGGGGGCGGUGCAGUUGGA